AUGGUCCUCUGUGCCGGCUGCGAGCGGCCAAUCCUGGACCGAUUCCUCCUCAACGUGCUGGACCGAGCCUGGCACGCUAAGUGCGUCCUGUGCUGCGAGUGCAACUGCAACCUGACCGAGAAGUGCUUCUCCAGGGACGGGAAGCUUUAUUGCAAAAUGGACUUUUUCAGGCGUUUUGGCACAAAGUGCGCCGGCUGCCUGCAGGGAAUCUCACCGAACGACCUGGUGCGUAAAGCGCGCAGCAAGGUGUUCCACCUGAACUGCUUCACGUGCAUGGUGUGUAACAAGCAGCUGUCCACGGGAGAGGAGCUCUACGUGAUCGACGAGAACAAGUUUGUGUGCAAAGAAGAUUAUUUGAGCUCCGGAGCCAUUAAAGAAGUCAGCUUAAACUCAGUGUCGUCGUGUACGGAUAGGAGUUUAUCGCCGGAUCUGCCUGACCCGAUUCAGGACGACAUAAAGGAGACGGAUAAUUCCACGUCCUCUGAUAAGGAAACGAACAAUAUUGAAAACGAGGAGCAGAACUCUGGCACCAAGAGACGGGGACCCCGGACCACCAUCAAGGCCAAACAACUGGAAACGUUAAAGGCCGCGUUUGUGGCCACGCCGAAGCCCACCCGGCACAUCCGGGAGCAGCUGGCGCAGGAGACUGGACUGAACAUGCGCGUCAUCCAGGUUUGGUUCCAGAACAGAAGAUCCAAAGAGAGACGGAUGAAGCAGCUGAGUGCUCUGGGGGCCCGGCGGCAUGCUUUCUUCAGGGGGCCGAGGAGGAUGAGGCCCCUGGGAGGCAGAAUCGAGGAUCCUGACAUUUUAGGACCUGGAGCUUAUGGAUACUAUGGAGAAUACCAAGGCGACUAUUACGGACCAGGAAGUAACUACGACUUCUUCCCUCAUGGCCCCCCGUCCUCGCAGGCCCAGUCUCCAGCUGAGUCCCCCUACAUCCUAGGCUCUGGACCUGGUGCCAUGGAGGGCUCAGGGCACCACCCUUCAGACGACCAAAGGUUCACGGACAUGAUCUCCCACGCGGAAACCCCCAGUCCCGAGCCAGGCUUACCAAGCUCCCUACAGCCUGUUCCAGGCGAGGCGUACGGGGGCGGACCCAGUCCUCCAUUCUCUUUGGCCAGUAACUCCAGCUACAGCGCCCCCAUGUCCCACCAAGGCCCUGAGAUGGGUGAAACCACGGCCUGGUAGAGGACAACAGCACCACAGGACAAUGGACCGCUCCUGGGCUGACAGUCAGCCCGGUUAAUUCAGGAGAAACCAGAAACACUGAGGAGUGAAAAGUACAGAUGGGAUUUCUACAAAGGACUUUUUAAAAAUCACAGAUAGAACGGGACAGCUGGCUGGAAAAAGACACUAUAUAUGCUAGCCAGUAGACUCUCCAAAGCAUAUCCCUUCCUGGAUUAUCGGACUUGAAUUAUCUCAAAAUAAAUGUUGCGAUUCCACCCAGCAAAAGCUUCAUUCCCCACUUUUACCUUAAGUUUUCUAAAUUUGUCAGUGCAUUUUUUUAAACAUUGUUUUAAGGCAGUAUUCGUUUCCAUUCUUUCUUUAAAAAGCCCUUUACACAUCCAAUCUCUGCAGCUGCACCGCAACAAAGUACUUACACACCGCAUUACUGACAGCAUAUUUGUGUCUCUGUGUCAUUUCGCAUCGGCAUUACAGCGUUGAGGAAGUGGAGGGAGCCAUUGUGUAAACACCGGUGUUGGGUAACGUAGCUUUAUAAAGGUGAAAGAUUACUGCCAUUAAAAAUUUGCAUCAAUAUGUGACAUACAAGCAGCAACAUCUGUGGUUGAAAAAUGAAUCCAAUGCAGAAAACUGCAGUUCCUUUAGCGGCCACUAGAGGCUGGCUUUAGAUUAUGCAGAGUCCCAUACACACCCAUGUUAAAAUGCAGAUUUUUACAGCAGAAAUCAACAAGUUUACAGCCUGGUUUGUAAAGGGAUUUCAGUCAGAAUAGUUGCUACCUUUAUGGGUGCACACUGUAAAGGGUAUUAUUUUUUAUAUCUCCUCUGUUUUAGUUAAAAAAGGUUAUUGACUUAUGCAUGAUUAGGGGUACACAAGUUAACAUUGUGGCUGUUUUUUCAGGAGGUUUAAGAUCCACCACUGCUCCACCUUUUUGUCUCUUAUUAGGCUGCUCUAAAGUAAGAUUAUAGUAUUUUCAAUAUAGUGGAUGCCACAGAUAGGACUCAAAAGCCCCCUUCAGAGACUGCACGUCUUAUGUCAUUCAAGCUUUGUCCAGUGCUUUCUAUACUCCAGCGGUUCCUAAUGUUUAUUCCUUAGGGUUCCCCUUACUUGUAUCACAGAAAGGCUAAGCCCCCAAGGACCCACAUGUGAAAGAGUACUACAUUGCUGUCAAAAAAAUUAACAUACAUUAUUAUUGUUUGUAAUGAUGAAAUCCUAACAGAAUAAGCUUAUAAACUUCUUUAUACCGAAAUACCUUUGAAUAAACUUUGCAGUAAGUGUAUUUUUAUGAUAAGGUUCAAAUUUUACAUUAGAGCAGACAGAGCUAGGGGAGGCCUGGACCCCAGGUUGGGAGCCAAUGCUAUAGUCUAUUGACUCUUGUGACAUAAAGUAACAUUACAUGACUCACAAGAAUUGAUAGUAGUAUUUCUAAGCUAAAAUAUUAGUGACAUUUCACCUUUGAAAAUGAAAAUAAGCAAUUAGAACAUUAGACGUGGGAUAAAUUGUGGUUGGAUGGUUGGUACAGCUGAGGGUGAGGGCAUAUCAAUUUGUCAUAACUUGCAAUUAAUCUCUUCAGCUUCAUCAAGUAUUCUUUAAAGACAGACAUUCCAUGUCUGUCAUCAGGCGACAUCAUGCUGCAAAGCUUCAAGCUGAUAAGCUUGUCCCUAGUCAGAGAAUGACUGGACCAAUCAGCAUAAUUUUAGGAGAAUGAGACAGUAUGGAUGUGGAGACUGCAAGCCUGUAAACAAUGGUGGCUGGUGCAGCUAUAGCGGUAGUUUUAUCAGAACCGGACAACAUUUCUCUCAAAGGAGAGCAAAGAACCACACUGAAAGCUUUGCUUGCUGACCGGCUUCAUUAAGAGUUUUUUUUUUCCAAGUUUUUUUUUAAAGGUCCUACCCUAAAACACCAUUUAUGGGGUGUUGCCCAGAUAGAUAAGAAAUAUAUCCCAUGCCAUUUGUGACACAGUAUCUGGCAGUCAGGUUAUCAUGUAAUUUCUUACAGCAAAAAGUAAUCUGAGUACUUUAAGUAUUCUGUAAUACGUUAACCCCAACACUGGUUUACACACAGUGGGAGCGUCACAUACACUAACACUUAGACAUGCACACUCAAAGAUGCUCUGCCCUGCAAGCUCUUACCCUAUACAUCAUCUUCCCCUUGUUAGGCCUUUUUUAGUACCUCCAAUGGCAAAGAGGGUAAAUAUCCUGCCUUUAUCCAGCAGUCCGCAAGUGUCAUAAGUUUCAGCUUACACUCAGUAUUGAAAAGACAAAGAGCCAGGUUUAAGUCAUGUUUUAAUCAUGAACAUACAAUAGUGUUUCCUAAUAGCAUGCAAUGCAAGCAAGUAUCAGAGUCAAAAUAAAGCUGAUGGCUUCCACCAAGCAGUUUUCAUCACUUCCAUUUGAUUUAGCAUGGUGAAUUGUGAUCUUGCAUGCAUUCCCAUGACUAUUAAUGCCCUUACUUGGUAGGGGAAGAUGUGAGCCACAAGGAGAUUAAUAGCAUGCCGCCAUGCAACAAGAAGAAGGACUUCUUAUGACCAAUCAGUGGACUGCAAUACGUCUUGGUUGGACAGAUACCCUUGGUACCCAAGCAGAAGGGUGCCAAAAUCUAGGAUGGCACUGAUUGGUUAUUUUAGUACCUUUCUGUUUCUUUUGACAGUGGAAAUGCAAAUGAUUAAAUACCAGACUGUUUGAAGGAAAUGCAGCUCUGCAGUGCCGCGUUUGAGCAGUGCAGCUUACAGGAAGUAGUGCAAUUACUUGCACCAUUUUUCCAGUUCUCUAUCUGUCUCAUGCCAUGACAUAGAUGAGAAACAAUGAGAGAGAGAGAUCUACACGGUGCUGGGAGAUUUUCUUUCACUUUUCUAUUUUUAAAGAGCUUGUAAGCCUGUUUUACAAAGUGGAGAUAGUAGUGCUUUCUAUCUACAUCUCUUUAAACGUUAUAAGACUCAUCAAUACAAAGCACCGUGCUUCUGCUUUUCCAUUUUCAAAAUAAAAGCACUAGAUUUCAUAUUGUUCAAGGGGAAGGAGAAUUGAUAAUGUAACGGAUCCAGUGUAGACAGCAAUACAAAGUGAUAUGAUUCUUGCAUGCUGUUAGGAGAUGCUGUAUGUCAAAAAUGUUGCUUUAAAUAUUCUCACCUUUCUGUCAGUAUUUCAAACCGAAGGCUGCUUUUUUCAGACACUACCGACACAUAAAUAGACAAAUGCACACCAUUGGCAUUGACUUCCUUGAAGGUACAUCUCAGCUAUAAAUCCUUUAAUGCACAAAAAGUGUUCUUGAUCAUAGCUCAAAAGGAGGAUGUCUAUACUAUUAUUCAAAACACGUACACAAUUACACAGACACUUGUACUCACUCAAGCACGCACACACAUUAAACCUCACACCCAUCCAGCCCGGCCCUGAUAGUUCUGCUCCACAGACUGCUUCACCUGACCUUCCUUUUGUUACUGUCCCUUUUAAAAAACAUGUUUUAAUGGAAAUGAUUUUCAAAAGAACAUUGAACCCAUAAUGGAGAAUCUCCUUCAACAGCUGAGGUCUCCUUCCUCUAAAGAGAGAAAACAAAAGAGGGGGCAGGCAACAUCUGUGACAUUACCGCUGCAUGUCUGCUCCGAAGCACUCAUUGCCAUCUAGUGGCCUUAAAACACACAGAAUUAAACAUCUCAGCUCAGCCCGCCUGUGUUUACAUGAACGUCUUUGUUUCGCAGAGGACAAAUUAUGAUUAAUUUUCUUCUUCUGAAAUAAUGCCAAUUCAUAAUUCUGCAGUUUCAGGGCCAAGUGUCAUCAGGGCCUCAGGAAGGCUUUGUGGAACUAUAUUAAAUUAAACAAUGCGCUACUCUCUGCUUGUGAAAGAACCACAAACAUCCACAUUUGAAUAUUUUCUUUCUUGGUUUUUUUUUUUUCUUUGCUCUGUUGCAUCAUGCACAACAAAUGUCUUAAAACACGUGUUUCUCUGUUUGUCCACGAUAAGUUCACUUGUUUUGGAGUUUUCUUCAGACGUUG